UUGGGUGGGGGCGGCGAGGAGGCGUCUGGAGGCAGGAGCAGGACCGGACCAGGGGUUUGGAGCAACGUCUGGGGCAGGGUCGGAGCGACUUUAGGAGCUGGUUUGGAGCAGGCCCAGGCCCAGGCCCGGGUGGGAGCAGGACCGGACGGGCUUCGGGAACUGUUUUGCAGCAGGACGGGAGCUGUUGGGGAGCGGGGUUUGGGAGCAGGAGCGGAGCGGUUUGGAACUGGGGUCGGGUGCAGGAGCGGAGUAGUUUGGGGAACAGUUUGGGGGCAGGACCAGGGCAGUCUGAGCGGUCGGAGGAGCUGCUGUUUGGGGGCAGGACCGGUGCGGUCUGAGGGAGCUGCUUUGGGGCAGGGCCGUUGCAGUCUGAGGAGCUGCUUUGGAGCAGGAGGGGAGCUGUUUGGGGGCUUGUUUGUCCGGAGCGGGGUUUGGGGCGGGGUUUGGAGCCCGGUUGGAGCAGGGGAGCGGAAGGGGGCCCGGCGGUGGAUCUGGAUUUUGGAGCAGAGUAGCGGAGCGGGGUUUGGGGCGGAUCUGGAACGGCUUUUGGGACGGGCCCGGGGCGGGGCCCGGGGAUCUGGUCGAGGAAGCAGCCGCUCGCUCCGCCACAACCUGUCAAACUCGGAAGGAGGAGGAGGAGGAGCAGGAGGAGAGAAGCCGGCCCUCGUCCUCGCCCACUUUUCCCGCAAGCGCUCCGUCUUCCCAUCCGUGCAGCAGUCCGUCCUUCCAUCCAUCUGGCCAGCAAACCCUCGCCCCGCACCGGACGACCGGAGCCGGGUAUGGCCGGGCCACCCCCGGCCAAAGACCCCACCGACCCGCCGGAGUCGUGGGCAGAGCCGCCGCUGUCCUUCCGGGCCUUCCGGACCUCCACCGUGCCCACCCCCGCCUACGGCUACCACCCCGACCACGGCCCCGACCCGGGCCCGGACAGCCUGGAGGACAUGCGAGACCGAGAGUUCGGCCGGUUGCGAGGAACUACUUACCUGGAUCACGCAGGAGCGACUCUGUUUCCACAAAGCCAACUCACAAGAUUUAUGAAAGAUCUGUCUGAAAAUGUUUAUGGCAACCCUCACAGCCAGAACCUCAGCAGCAAGUUAACAUUCGACACUACUGAGCAUGUCCGAUACAGGAUACUAGAACACUUCAACACGACUGCGGAGGACUACACUGUCAUUUUCACCUCUGGGAGCACAGCGGCGUUGAAGCUGGUGGGCGAAGUCUUCCCCUGGAAUCCCCCAACCUCAGAGCUCCCCGGGAGUCGAUUCUGUUACCUGACGGACAGCCACACCUCCGUGGUCGGCCUAAGGGCCAUCACCUACCCCUUAAACGUAGUUUCCACCCCCGUGAAUCCGAGGGAGAUCCUGUUGACGGAGAAAAGGAGAGAAAGUCCCAGAGAACCUAGCUGCAAGACUCGGCACCUCUUUUGCUAUCCGGCUCAGAGUAAUUUCUCAGGGACCAGAUAUCCUCUCUCCUGGAUCCGGGAGGUGAAGGCGGGAAAUCUGUCUCCUAUGAGCGAGCCAGGAGAAUGGUUUGUGCUCCUGGAUGCGGCCAGCUAUGUCAGUACUUCCCCGCUGGACCUCACCUCUCAUCCGGCUGACUUCAUCACCGUCUCGUUUUAUAAGAUCUUUGGAUUCCCUACGGGCUUAGGGGCUUUACUGGUGAACAACCGAAUAGCUCCCUUCCUGAGGAAAACUUACUUUGGAGGAGGGACAGCUUCCGCCUACCUGGCCGGAGAAGACUUUUACGUCCCUCACCAAUCAGUAGCAGAAAGAUUUGAAGAUGGCACAAUUUCUUUCCUUGAUAUCAUAGCUCUGAAGCACGGGUUUGACACUCUGGAGAUGCUCACAGGGGGGAUGGAGAAGAUUCAGCAGCACACGUUCACGUUGACUCGCUACACUUACACAGUCUUGGCUUCCCUCCGCUACCCCAACGGAGCCCCCGUGGUUCGCAUUUACAGUGACACAGAAUUCGACGAUCCCGCUACCCAGGGCCCCAUCAUCAAUUUCAACGUUCUGGACGAAAACGGCCACGUCGUUGGCUAUUCCCAGGUGGAUAAAAUGGCCAGUCUCCACAACAUCCAUGUCCGGACGGGCUGUUUCUGUAACACUGGAGCCUGCCAGCGGCAUCUGGAGAUAAGCAACGAAACCGUCAAGAGAAAUCUUCAGGCUGGCCACGUCUGCGGGGAUAAUAUGGAUAUCAUUGACGGGCAGCCCACGGGGUCGGUGAGAAUAUCGUUCGGAUACAUGUCCACGCUGGCCGAUGCCCAAGCCUUUUUGAAGUUCAUCCUAGUGACUAGACUGCUGAAAUCCAACGCGAUUACUCCCUCUCUAGCAACCCUGCAAGAAUUGACUUCUGGGUCAAAGGGAUCUUUAGCCUUGAAUGUAUGUGCCGACAGGAAAGAGUCGAAUGAUGUUUCCCGAAAAGAUCUCCCGUUAGAUCCGGAGCUGUGGAGCGGUUCAGCCGGUGACACGAGGACCCUCAAGAUGGAGUCAGAGAGAGGCAGCCUGGCGUCUUCAGAGGCAGCGAUAAUGAGACGAGGGGGCCUGCUCAAACCGGUCACUGUCACCAACAUUUAUAUUUACCCGAUCAAAUCCUGUGCUGCGUUUGAGGUUAGUCGGUGGCCUGUCGGAGAUCGAGGACUGCUGCAUGAUCGCUCUUGGAUGAUUGUGAACCAAAAUGGAGUUUGCCUGAGCCAGAAACAGGAUCCCCGGCUCUGUCUCGUAAGCCCUUCGAUUGACCUGAAGCAAGGCAUCAUGAUCCUCAAAGCAGAAGGGAUGGAACCGAUCACCGUUCCUCUAGAGAGGGAGAGUGGAGUAGGGAAUCAGAUUUGUCAAAGAAGAGUCUGCGGAGACAGGGUAAAUACUUACGACUGUGGGGAAGAAAUUGCAGACUGGUUAACCGAGUUCUUUGGGCGCCAGUGCCGCUUGAUCAAGCAGAGUUCAGAUUUCAAAAGAGCUGCAAAUAAGAAACAAGUUAAAGAACUGUCGUCUGCCCCGGCGGCCUCGCUUUCCCUGGUAAAUCAAGCUCAGUAUCUCUUGAUAAACACCGCAAGUAUUUUGGAACUUCGGCAGCAGUUAAACAACAGCGUGGAGAACCAGGUCGAAGACUUGUUUGAAAUAAAGGAACUCAUCCCUCGCUUCCGGGCCAACAUUGUUGUCGAUGGAACUGAGGCUUUUGAAGAAGAGAUGUGGACAGAGGUUGGCAUUGACACCCUGCGUUUAGAGGUUGUGGGCCCAUGUCACAGGUGCCAAAUGAUUUGUAUUGAUCAAGGAACCGGAGAGCGAAACAAAGAUAUUUUCCAGACUCUGUCUGCCAGUCGGGAUAGAAAGGUUAAUUUUGGAAUAUACCUGAUGCAACACUCUUUAGAUGUGUCUUCUCCUUGUCUCUUGACUGUGGGAACUCCAGUGCUCCCUGUGUUGAAGGAGGAGAGAAAACUCACGGUUGACCAGGGUGUGAACAGAAGGUGCCAGGAUAACACCUGGGCAGGAUUGACGGGACAAAACAGACUCUCUCAUCCCGUACCGGCUUCCUCCUACCCCGGACCUGUAAAGUAACCACUGCCAUGUUUUCUGGAGAACCGACUCCAA